AUUCUCCAGUGUCGAGAGAGCAGAAAAGUAGUCGUGUUAUUACGUCCAUUACUCAGGGUCCCCGUACAUUGUCUGAGACGAAGUUAAGACACGGCGAGACAUCAUGAAUGCUCCACCGACUUUUGAAAGCUUCUUGCUGUACGAUGGAGAAAAGAAAAUUAUUAUCGAGAAAGACACUAAAGUACCGAAUGCUGCUAUUUUCACAGUCAACAAAGAAGAUCACACUCUCGGUAACUUAAUAACAACCCAACUAUUGAAGGAUCCUCACAUUCUCUUCGCUGGCUACAAGAUUCCCCACCCGUUGGAACACAAGUUCAUUCUCCGCAUACAGACCACUCCGGACUAUACACCACAGGAGGCCUUCACCAACGCAAUCACUGAUCUUCUCAGCGAGUUCUCUUUACUGCAAGAAAGAUUCAAGGAAGCUGUUCAAGAGAAACAGGAGGCAGAAUAGGACCUUGGCACUCACCAUCUUUCAUCUCACCCCAUGAAGAAAAACCUCUUGUAGUGUCUCUGUCAACCAUCAAAUUCUCUCUCUUGGGUCAUCUGUCUACUGUCUUGUUACUUGUAUGUCCCUCUCUCAGUGCUCUGAGCAAAAUGGCUCAGUGGCACUUCAUCUGGCUCCAGGUUUUGAGUUCAAAUUCCGCUGUGGUUGACUUUGCCUUUCAUCCUUUUGGGGUCAAUAAAUUAAGUACCAGUUAAUCCUUGGCAUCAUUGUAAUCCACUAGUCUCCCCCAGCAAAAUUUCAGGCCUUGUGCCUAUAAUAAAAAGAAUUAUUAUUAUUAUUAUUAUUAAGGUGGCUAGCUGGCAGAAUCAUUAGCAAGCCGGGCAAAAUGC